GUCUAAAUAUAAUUAUCCAAGCAAAGAUAAUUAAUUAUUUAUUUUAACAAUAAUUUAUUUAACUUCUCCACUAGAGACUCUAAUACUAUAACUCUCUAAUAGUUUAAAUAUUACUCCAUCCGUAGCACAAAAAUAGUACAGUUUAAUAAAUAAUAUUGUCCAAAAAAAAUAGUCCAGUUCAAAAAGUCAAAAUGAAAAGCAAUUGAAAUGACUAUAGCAUCCUUUACAAUUAACCAUUAUUACACAGUAUGAGGGCCCAAUUCAUCCAAUUCAUUCGCCGAUUCUCGUCGCCGUCAAUUUGGAACUUUUUCCCGAUGGUUUUCUCGUCGUCAUCAAAAUCCUUCCCGAAUAGCUCUUCCUCCAUUCUUCCAUCUCCAUUUUCACCUUAACAGUCUGAUUAAAUGAAAAUUUAACAUUAAUCAUCAGACAAACAAAUCAAAAAGAAAAGAAAUAAAGAAUUAGUAAUUUCUUGAUAAUAUACAAAUGUAAUUGGCUGUAUCGUUCGGUGAUGCAGAAUCGAUUUCGAAUUGCUGUUGUUGAAUCUCAAAAGACAUAUUGCCCUAGGAAAGUACGUCACUGGUAUCAUGGUGGUUAUGAUGGGGGUGACUUGACGGAGGUAAUUAUUAUAUGGACUGUGAUGGCGUUAUUGUCGUACCAUAGACGUUUUCUCGGAACCCUGAAGUAGGGCUGCUUUCGUCCGUAUCACGUUCAGACUUGAUUGACAUUAGUGGCUGAAUUGGCGCAGUAACAGGCGGCCGUAUCUUUUUUUUCCGGUGAGAAAAUAAUAGAAUAUGUUUAGGAUUUAAAUUUGGGCCAGCCACUGUUGGAUAUAAUAUGGGUAAAAUAGGAAAUUUAUUAGAUGAGAAGUGUUUUAUAUUUUGAUUGGGUCGACCAAAUUGAAAAAAUUGUAUAUUUUGAAAUUAAAUUAUUUUUGUAGGAUGAAAAGAGUAUGAUAUAACUUGCAAGAAUUAUAGAGAAAAAAAGUAAAAAAAAUAUAUGAAGAGAUAGGGAAGAGGAAGACGUGCCCGAGCAUUCUAUGUAUAGGAAGAUUUGAAAGGCAACAAAGCUCAAUUUCUCUACUUUUACAAUUGAUAUACCCGGUUUUGACCUUUUGGUCAUUCAAUUAUCUACAACAAAUCUAACAUUUUUAUUCAGAUUUUAUUUUUUGAAAAAAAAGAAAAAAAAACGGGGUGAAGAAAGAAAUGAAAUUCGCAGAUUCCAUAAUACCCUCCAGAUUGUCGUUUCUUUACACACCACAGCUAAUGGGACAGCACGUGCUCUUCGUCUUCUUCUUCCCUCUUUCAAAUUCCAACUCCUCCAUUACAGUACAGAGUUAAAUGUUAGUAAUACUUCUUCUUCCACAACUGAUCUGAUUGCUCUUCAGCCAGUUUUCCAUUCUUUUUCCAAAAUCUUUCACAUUCUCAUAAUCAAUUAACUUCUCAUCAUGCCCUUAAACUCUGCCUCCAAUUACAAUUCCUACUCCCUCCCUAACACAUCUCAGCCGCCGUCCACCGCCGGUAAACCGCCGCUUCCACCACCACCCCGGCUUCCUCCGGCUCCUCCGUCGCAGAACCUUUUCUCCCGUGCCAGAGCCCAGAUCGCCACUUUCCGUCCAUGGCGAGAACUUGUAGACCCUUCUUCCUUCUCUGUUCCGUACGGCUACGACGAAGCCAUGUCCCGGUUGCGGCGGAAUCUCAACUAUUUCCGGAUGAAUUACGCCUUGGUAAUGCUUUUUAUACUCUUCUGCAGCCUAAUUUAUCAUCCGUUCUCGAUGAUUACGUUCUUAGUUAUCUUCGUUGCUUGGAUGUACUUGUGUUUCUUUCGGGAUGAUCCGGUUGUUGUGUUUGGGAGAGUGGUUGAUGAUCGACUUGUGAUGAUUAGUUUGAGUGUGAUUACUGUGGUUGCACUAGUUCUUACGGAUGUUGGGAUGAAUGUUUUGGUGGCGUUGAUAAUCGCAGUCGUAGUUGCUGGCUUGCAUGGAGCUUUUAGAGGGGUUGAGGAUCUGUUUCUGGAUGAAGUUGAUGCAGCGGAAGGGGGUUUGGUUUCUGUUGUUGGAGGGGAACCGGGGACAUUUAGAGGAAGAUAUUAGUAAUAGCUCUACGAAUUGUUGAAAAUGUUGUUGCUAAUUUGUUGUAUUGGCCAUAUUCUUUUCUUGUAUUAUUGGAGGGCUAGGCUCAACUUGCCGCACUUCUUCCGUGGUUUCGGCAAUCCUGGAUUGGGAGAAAAAACAAUCAAUGAAAGAUAUUUGUUUUGUCUAAAGAGCGUUUUAAAGAUCCCUUUCCUUUUGAGGCAAUUGAGUUUCUCAUUUGGUUUUGGAAGCAUAAUAUUGAGGUUUUGCUAGUGUUUGUGUGUCUAUUAGAUGCUCAAUUAGCUUUGGAGGGAUUGUUGUCUCCAUGAUUUGUGCCUUCUUUCCAUGGGUUGUUAGACAAAGUUGCCAUCUUGCAGUGAAUGAACUCUAAAUGCACAUGGUCAGUUAUAUGUUCAUCUUGGUGUAAUUUUGCCAGUCUUCGGAGCUAGGAAAGGCAAUUGUGAAGACUUGAGUUAGUAGAUCGGAUAGAAAUGAUUUGGGAUCGUUCUGAAAUGAAGAUGAUAUUUUGUAUACAGAGCUGUUAUUCCAAUGGAUUGGUUCCGACUUCAUGUUUGUUGUAAGUUUGAUUGUAGUCGCUGCUUUUCCCCUUUAGAAAAUAGGAGACUGCAUUAUUUUCCUUAAUUGGCAUUCAUUAUGAUUUAACUCUGCUUCUGGUACUCAUAGCCUGGGAAUGACAGAAAGGAAUUGGGUUUAUAGCGUUGAUUUUAUAUUGUCAAAUAUGAUGUGCGAGUUUAUCUAAUUGACUUGUUUAAGCUUGAACGUCUUGAUAUCCAGUUUAGCCUCCUUUAUGGUACUUUGAAGCCAAUUCUGGUUAUGUUGAAUGAUUAGGCACCAGGUAGCUUAUUAUUUGGUGUCAAGUAUUUCUUCUUGACUUUAGGGACCAUGGUGGAGGGGGAACUGAAGGAAAGACGAUGAUAAGGUUUGGUAAAUGGGGUUGUGAUAACAAAAUUGGAAGAUGUGCGAGUUGUGAAAACUGUUCAUGAAUCUGUUUCUUAAUACCUUGAUACACAUGAAAUACCAAAGGUUUCAAUGGACUCUUGAAUCUUUUGCUUUUUGUGUGGCGCUUUACAUGCAUAAUGCAUUCAUAUGGUUUGGCUUUAAGUUCUUGCUUAUUAACUCUUGCCACAAUCCAUGCCUAAUUUGCUAUUUUAACAUGAGGACUUUUUUCAAUGUAUAAUUUCAGUCAAGCCAUUUUCUUAUCUAAAUAUUCCCACCCUAGCUAUCCCACUUGAAACCUGCAUCUCAGAUCUGAUUGUGUAUCUAUGGAAUAGUUGGUUUUGGUUUGAUCACUGAGUGGGUGACUGGUGAUUUGGUUUGGAAGCCGUAUUUGCAAAAGUUGCAAAAGCAGUAGCUCACUUCGUACCUAGUUGAAAUUGUGCUUCUUGCUGAUCAAGCACAUGAUUUUCCUAGCGUUGCGAUUGUGGCGAAGUAUGACACUUGCUGAUUUUCACUUAAAGUAUCAUAUGCACAUCUGUGUUUCUUUAUUUAUCCUUUGGUUCCAAGGAAUGUAGCUUCUGGACGUCCAGCUCCAUUUACAGAAGCUGUUUACAAAAGUUGUCAUAGUGCUGUCAUGAUAAUCACUACGGUCUGUCUGCAAAUCCAGAAUUUUAAAGCCAAACUUUCAAGGACAUGUAUUCAACACCCCCCUCUUUUAGUAUUGGCGUGAAGCAUUUUCUGUAUACUAUUUAUUGUUUUUUGAAUCUCCUGAUACAAUUAUUCUGCAAACUGGAAUGGUGAUAAAAUGUAG